AGGGUAGAGGAAGACGGGACCAGUGUCAUGGAGGCAGGUCUGCCUGGUGGCUGUCCGUCGACCUGCUCCCUUGCUUUACCUGACAGCGCUCGCCAGUGUUUCGAAAGCCGCGUUCACCGAUGGGUCGACUCGCGAUCCACUCGUGAGCUCGUCAAGCUCGCCACGCUCGGAUCGUCGACCCCCUUUUUUUUUUUUUUUCGAAAAGAUCAACGACGCCGGGACCCGUUCGUUCGUCGUCUAACUCCAAGUGGAGCCCGGUCGAAUCGACUUGGAAAACGGAAGCUGUGCGUGUCUGCCGCGGGAGAAGAACACGUUAGAGGGAAACGGAGUGGGUGAACACGGAGGAGCAUAUAGAGGGCAAUACAGAGAGGGAGAGGUAGUGGAGAAAGAGGGAGGAAAGUGACACGUUGCGAUACGAUCGAUCCAACGACCAAGUUAUACGUGCGUUUUAAACGAACACGCUCCGAAAACACGAUCGGCACAAUGUGCUCGUGACAAGAGCGUUUUUUGGAGUCUCUCCUGUGACCGAUCGCUUUCCUUUUUUUCUUUUUUUUUCUUUUUUUUUCCCUACAAAUUAAGUCAGAAACUGCGGGCUUUUUCGUUGCUUGUUCGUCGGUCAGAGAAGUUUGAGAAUAUUAGAAAGAGUGGAGGAGAAGAAGGAGGAAGAGAGGAACGUAUAACAGAGACAGUGAAAGAUACAGGCCCAGAGGAGGAAACGGAUAAAACGUGGGCGUUGAGUGAUUGUUGUCGGUGCUAGUUUCCAUUGGGAGUCAUGAGAGAUACCAGCGAUAUGAUGGAGGACUCCUUGUCCGAGGAGAUGAUGAUGGACUACGAGGGUGACGGAGGGGAGUUGGAAGAGCUCGUUGAUCUGGCAACCGACGUAGCGGAUUCAUCCCCGACAAUUCGAGAUGCCGCGGAGAGGUUGCUGACGUUACUGGGCGUGGACGAGGAUUUCGAGGACCUGGUGUCAUCCUCCGAGGACGAAGGUGUCGAACUGGACGAUCUCGACGAGGACGAAGAGGAAGACCAGCGCGAGAACGUCAGACUGUUGCAUCAGUUGGCCGCUUCUUUGGCUGAGGAAUUGAAGCAAUCUCAUCAAAAACAGACUUCGAACAGGCUCCUGGCCAGAGGUGAUCCCUUCGAUAGGGAUCGAAUGGAGCUGAUUGGGAUGAGUUACCUGGAACACAGUUGCCUUGAUGAGGUCAAAGACCCGAAAGGAUGCAGCUGUUAUCGAGACAGCGUGGCCGAUAAGUGUCAGAGACAAGAUUCGUCUCGUUCGUUUGGCAAACAACACGCGAUCUUCGAGCCUUAUCAAUGUUUGGAGGGCUGUUUGAGGAUGGACCAGGAGAGAGAUGAAGGCAACAGCGACGUCGAGCAGGUUCCAGCGUCGUGGAAUGCCGGCUGGGAUGCCUGUGCUACGGAAGCCCUCAGAUAUCUCGUGGAGGAUGAGGGACUGCCGCCUCACCAUCCUACGGUCUUGGCGAUGAAGGAUCAUCUGGAACUCCAAAGGGAACGCGCCUUUGCUCGAUACACCACGUAAAUGAGUCGCUCUGAUUUUUAUCGGAUGAGGUACUUCAUUUUUUUCUUUUUUGUUUAUUCUUAAAGGGAAGCCCGUCUGGCUUUUACCGAUAGAAACGCUCCCAUCGCGAGCCGAACAGAAUGGAAACGAGGGGGUAUUUCCUGUUCGGAAGCGGAGGUUGAAAGAUGAAUGUGGGGAUGGAUGAUCGGAGGUGGCCAGAUUCUUGUGGAAUUAAGGAAGUCUUUGGUAAUAGGUGUAGUUAUGGGUCCGGGGUGGAGGAAUUUAUAAGAGGAUUAAUAACUAUGUACAUUAUCGGUUGGGAAGUAUUAGGCCACUUACUGAGUGAAUUUGAAAAUUAAUUGGAAGAUUAUUAAACGAUGAGAUUGUUAACAAGUGAUUAGUAAAGCGAUUAGCCUUGAAGAUUGUUAUUUGGUUUAGAACCUACGUAGAUAUAUGAGAUAUUUUUCUAAGGUGCAAAAUUAUCUCAAGUUCGUUUUAUAUAUAACUUUUUCCUUAAUAACGUGUUAAAUAUGUCCUGAAAAUAUUACGAGUCUUUCUGUACUUUGUACGAAUAUUUCUUAUAAAUUCUCAAGUACAAAAUCAUGAUCAAUUAGUAAUUUCCUUGAUAAUUUAAACCAGCUAUCGCAUUUUAUAUCGAGCCAUAAAGUGUCCUAAUACAUUGAUCAACUCCAUAAAGUGAGAACUACAAAAAAGAUAAUGAUGUUACAAUCGCUGUCUUUUAAGCCAUAUUAUUAUUAUUAUAUCAUCUAAUAAUAAAUAACUAAUGGAAAUAAGUUGUUUAUUUUUCGAAUAUCAAAUACUAAUCACGUAUCUGUGUGACAAAAUUGAGAAAUUUAAAUUACUCGAUUUACAUAAUUUAAAUAAAAGCCGGAGUUGAUCAGUUUGGCUUUCAAGAGGUCCACUUAUGAACAGGACUGUAUUUACCUACUUUUCAAGAAAACCUUUUCAAGAAAAAUCUAGAAAAGGUUAAAACGUUGAUAUUCGACUUCUGAGAUAUCUUAAAGUUUGGACUUCAGCAGCGAAUUUCAAUGGUUAUACACUGGAAGCCUCGUGUCCCACAUUCACUUUUCAAUCAUCUCGAGUGGAAGCUUCGUGAUCGUCCGCACCUUGGCGAUUUUGCUCGAGCAGAGAAGUUCCUGUCACAAUAAAAAGAAGGAAACAUGACGAAACGAAGAAGGAGAAUCUCUUUCCAUUCAGAAUAAAAUGCAUUCACCGUGUGUUUGUAAAGUGAACGACGCUUUCAUACGGCGCACCGUGAGAGAGACACUGUGCUCGUCAAGUAGAUUCGAACUUCUCCAUAGAUUUUUCUGGAGGAUGUGGCUGUGGCUUCGUUCCGGGCAACUUUUUUUCAGGACGAGUUUUCUCGUCGAGCAAUUACCGUGAGAAUGUCGCGCGACUGAUUUCUUCAUAGCUUUGUCGCACGUCAAAAGUGAACGCCCGCUCGUCAAUCCCUUUCUACUACCUUUCUCCUUAACUGAAAAUUAAAAAUUAAGUGUUAGAUCGUGUAAUAAGUUCGUUCGCAUUUCCUUGACAGAGCACCAAACUUUUAUGUAAGAUUACUUUUAUAUAAGAGCUAUUUAAUCGCCGAUCUAUCCUUUGCAAUUGAAUCGAGCAACUUAUCAUAUUCAUGUAGUUAUUUAAUAACUGAUAUUCUACUCACAUUCUUGAUGUUAUUUAACGAUUAGCCGUGAACAAAAUUUUCCGAGCAUCGAAAUAAUAGAAGGAAACAGGAAUAAUUUCACGAAGAUCCCAGAACGUUAUUCUUCCUUCGUUACUAUCGUUAGAUAAUAGAAUUAUAAGUAAUAUUUAUAUUAUAUCACUUGUCAUAUAUCAACCAGCUAAUAUAGAUAACGUUUAUAUAAAAUUCCUGAGAGAAUGUUCAUCAGAAGACAGAUGAACUUGUUACACGAUUUAAUAAAUAAUCAACCAAAAAUUCUAAAAACUCUAGGCUAAUUAAUACUAAGUACUAUACUCUUCAAAGAGUUGAGAUUCACGUUUGACGAAGGCUUCCAGCGACAAAACGAUUCCGUUUUUUACUAGGCAUUGUACAGUCACUGAUAUAUUCCGUUUCUGGCUAAAAGACGAUCGUGGAUCGAUAGAUCUGCGAUUCCUCAGGUUCCUACAUCGAUGAUACAGCAGAAGGAGGAUGAACUUAACAUCCAAUGGCGCGUACAGAUUCACGUGUUUGCAUUCAAUUACCAAAUCAGCAUACUUUUCUUUUUUAUUAAUUCGUCCAACCAUAAAGCGAGCCACUUUUUUUAUCAUUUUUUUUCUUUAGUAGCACAAUUUUGUAUUGGUUUUCAUGUAUCGUCGUUACUAAUAUUAUAAUCGCCAUCCUUACUAGCAUUAUCGAUUAUUUUUCUUUUCCAUUUUUUACUAUUAUUUUUUUUUAUUAUUUUUUUAUAUUAUUUAUUGUACUCUUAUCGUGUUAGGCUAAGGAAAUAAAGUUCUCUCUUCUCGCACGCUUUCGAUCCAUUGGACGUUAGAUUCACUCCACGGAAAACGAAUGUCAAUAAACGAUGUCAAUACGAAGGGGUUCAUACGCUGGAUCGAUAUGAACGAGAGAAAAAAGGGGCUGAACAUCCCAUGGGGCAGAAUUUCUUAAUUAAUGUCGACAAAGAGAAACCUGUAGAUUUUUAUCGUGUAUCGCUUUUGACUUUUUAACCUUUCAAAAUUGCAAGGAACGAAAUAUCAUGUUAAACAAGAUGUUAAAGAGUUAAAUUAUUUUUAAGGAUACGAAAAUAAUUCGAUCGAUUGAAUGAUCAGGUCGAUUGAAGAAAUUUUACAUUUGAUAGAAACGAUUCUCUUUUAUAUUUGUCUUUUUCCGGAAAAGUGAACGGAUACACUUCGUACAGUGUCCUGGACAUUUCAAUUUUUUUAAAAAACAUAGUCGUCGUGUUACGUUAUUUUUAUUACCGCGGAUAUUUAUAUACAUAUGGGAAAUCUUAGUGUUCAAAUAUGUACAUAAUGUUCAAAAACAUAUAAACUAUACAAAGUGAUAUUCAUUAUAUUUAUCGAACUAUCCAAGUUCUAUUCCUUUGGCUUUAUUCCCCAAUCCAAAUUUGUUUGCACAUCUGCAGUUUAGUGCGUCAGUUUUAUCGAUAUCGACUGAUUUUGCACAUUUGAAGGGUUGAAAAGCGAGGAGAGACGUCCGUUGAAAUCAGAACUAAAUACUCCUAGAACAAACUUGUAGAUUAUUUUACCGUAACCGUGUGAUAAUUCGAAAUUAUCAAGUUUUUUAAUCGUUCGAAUAUUGCAUCGCAUUUGUGCUCGUUUUCUCAACAAUUUCAGCAAAAGUUUACCAAGUGCCUCCGUUUAAGUCAGGCUCGUAAAUCUUGACCCCAUAAAUAGAUGGUGGAUUUUUAUGCAAAUUCAUAUUUUUGAAGAUAAACACGAAGAAAGUAGAACUCUCGGUAGAAAAUUGUUUUGCCUGCCAAAUAUUAUAGGAAGCAGUAUACGUUGGACAUUUUAUACAUUUUUUCAUAUUACGUGCACUCCGUGCAGUUUUCAUAUAAACGUAUAAAAAUCUGCGUAAGCUAUACUCGUAAAACUUACUGUAAACCCUAAUUUCAAAACAGAAACGUUCAAGAACUUAUAAAGGAAAAAGGAAGGGUAAAACAGUGCAAUGCAAUGUUCGAUCGAUUCCGAUUAAAAAUUCGUAUACGAUUGGCGGAUCCAGUGUCGUCGAUGGAGCGACGAAAAUAUUUAACGCUAGCUCUAAUAUCGAAUUCUAAAAAGACAGUUCAUCGAUUAGAUAGGUUUAUAGAAUAUUUCUAGGUGAUUAAGUCAGCGACGAAUCGUUCCUGGUGUACGAGGACAAUUGUUCAACGUCGACAUUGGAUCGAUGAAAAAGUCGUAAAUCGGAGCAUAAAUUCUGGCGAGUGAUUUUCGAUCGACGAUCGAACCUUUGAUCACGAAUCACUUGCUCGAAGAAUCAGAGAGAAUUUUCUGCCACGACCAUCGAUCUCGUGGGGGCGACGUUCCAUUUCGUUUAUUUUAAUCUUGACUAUAAUUAAAUAAUUACUGUGCACGCAGUUUCAUUGAAAAAUUCGAUUUCAAUCUAUUACAGUCCGUUAUAACUAGACUGCUAGAUUACUCGUGCAGAUUUAUACUUUCACACACAUGAUUUAAAAAAUGAAAUCGAAGAGAAGAGAUCUUUUCUACUUAUUAAAUAUUGAAACAAAUAUUUACACUCUUUAUGUAUUUUUAGGUAUUUACCGUACAUUUUAUGUGUCUUUAAAUGCUAUGUGUGUUCUACGGACUCGUGCACAGUUACAUUUUUUAUAUAUACGUCUACUUAUAAUUUAUACUUUUCAACAUAAAGAUCGAGGACGACCGGACGCACUAUUAUUUUUGUAACUAAUAAAAUUGCGAACGAAUAUUUCAUGUAAAAGUAGUUUAAUUCCAUAAUGGGGAAUUUAAUGAAAUACUUGAAUGUUUUCCAAGUUCUUAAUUACCAUUUUUUAGAAUAAAAUUAUUAAUAGCUAGUUGCACAUUCCAAUACGAGUUUAACAAUAUGUGUAAUGCAGCAUUAAAACCAUCGAAGAUGGCAAUUAAGUGAGAAAUUCAGAUCUUUAAUUAAAUUACCUUUAUGAAAUCAAACAACUUUCACUUUCAUCGAACAUUUUUCCCUAUCUUUGAUAAUUUAAAACAUUGUGCGAAUAUUAAAGAAUCUGUUUCUUUCUUUAAUAAUCGAGAUUACUCAAAAAUGGCUGGAAAAAUGAAUCACGCAGCGUGAAGAUGAAAUCGCGUGCCUCCUCUGAACGACAACUUCCUCUAAAUAUUCGCGAUGAACACGUUUCCACGAGAUCGAGUUAGGAUCGACUCACCACUUGUACAUAUGUGUAAUAUAUCGUUUUAACUUAUAUACGACUAUUGUUACUUUUACAAUAAAUCAUUGUAGAUAACAUUGACCAGUAAAUAAACGAGCGCUAAGUUAA